CGACCUCCCUCCCAGGAAUUUUAUAGCAGUAGCAGACCAGGCACCAUUCACUCACACAAUCGUCAAGGAUUCGGAUACCUUUCAGAGUCUACAGGCACCAACUCCACCAUGCCGGCCUACCUCCCCCACCCCUUCGAUCCGCUCACGAGCGUCGAGAUUGAGCUGGCCAUUGCCAUCGUCAAGCGAGCUCAUGGCGAAGUCAACUUCCACGUCGUCUCGCUGCAGGAGCCCCGUAAGGCUCAGAUGACGGCCUGGCUCGCCGACUCCCAGAACACUCCCCGGCCUGACCGUGUCGCCGAGGUGGUAGUUAUCGCCGCCGGUGGCAAGGUCUACGAGGGCUUGGUCGACCUCGACGGACCCAAGAUCACCAAGUGGGUCCAGGUUCACGGAGCCCAGCCCAUUAUCACCAUUGAGGAGCUCUCGGCUGUUGAACAUGCCUGCCGUGUCGACCCCAAGGUCAUCGAGCAGUGCGGUAUUAGCGGCAUCCCCGCGGAUGAGAUGCACAAGGUCUACUGCGACCCCUGGACGAUCGGCUACGACGAGCGAUUCGGAAGCAGCGUGCGUCUUCAGCAGGCUCUGAUGUACUACCGCCCCGAUGUCGACAACUGCCAGUACCAGUACCCUCUGGACUUCUGCCCCAUCUGGAACGCCACUGAGAAGAAGAUUAUCGCCAUCGACAUCCCCAAGAUCCGCCGACCUCUGAGGUUGAACCCCCCCCUGGAGUACCACCACCUCGCCAUUGAGAAGCAGGGCGGCUACCGAACCGACCUGAAGCCCAUCAACAUCACCCAGCCCGAGGGCGUCUCCUUCAAGAUGUCCGGCACCGGCCGCGAGAUUGAGUGGCAGAACUGGAAGUUCCACAUCGGCUUCAACUACAGGGAAGGCCUGGUGUUCAACAACAUCACCUUCAACGACAAGGGCAAUGUCCGCCCCAUCUUCUACCGCAUGUCUCUUGCCGAGAUGGUUGUCCCCUACGGCAACCCCGAGCACCCUCACCAGCGCAAGCACGCCUUCGAUCUCGGAGAGUACGGCGCUGGUUACCUGACCAACAGUCUCGCUCUUGGCUGUGACUGCAAGGGAUCCAUCCACUACCUCGAUGCAUUCAUGCCCACCCAGGCCGGUGGCGUCAGGAAGGUCAAGAACGCCAUCUGCAUCCACGAGGAGGACGAUGGCAUCCUUUUCAAGCACACCGACUUCAGAGACGACUCGACCAUUGUGACCCGGGCACGAAAGCUGAUUGUGCAGCAAAUCUUCACUGCUGCCAACUACGAGUACGCCGUGCAGUGGGUUUUCCAUCAAGACGGAACCAUCCAGCCCGACAUCAAGCUGACCGGUAUCCUCAACACCUAUGUCAUGCACGAGGGCGAGGAUACCCACGGCUGGGGUACUGAGGUAUCCAAGGGUGUCAACGCCCACAACCACCAGCAUCUUUUCUGCCUCCGCAUCAACCCCAACAUCGACGGCCAGAACAACUCAGUCCACAUGGUUGACGCCAUGGCAUCAGAUGCUCCCGUCGGCAGCCCCGAGAACUUCUACGGAAACGCCUUCUACGCGAAGCGCACCAAGCUCGAAACCACCGCACAGUCCAUGACCGACUACAACGGCGCGACCUCAAGGACGUGGGACAUGGUCAACGAGAAUGUCAUCAACUCCCAGAGCGGCAAGCCCGUGUCAUACAAGAUUGUGAGCCGAGAGGUGCCUGGGUUGCUACCCAAGGAGGGAUCACUCGUGUGGAAGCGAGCUGGCUUUGCCCGCCACGCCGUGCAUGUUACCAAGUAUGCCGAUGAUCAGCUCUGGCCCGCUGGUGACCACGUCCCCCAGACCUCCGGUCAGCCCUCACACGGUCUGACCGAGUGGAUUGGCGACGGUGCCGAGUCCAUCUCCAACACUGACGUCGUUCUCUGGCACACGUUCGGAAUCACCCAUUUCCCUGCCCCCGAGGACUUCCCCGUCAUGCCCGCCGAGCCCAUCACGCUGCUGUUGCGGCCGCGUCACUUCUUCACCUGCAACCCCGUUAUGGACGUGCCAGCGUCGUACUCCAUUACGCCUAGCCAGGUUGCGGCCAAGGGCCAGGGCGCGCGGGACGCGACGGACAAGGUCAGCGAGUUGGCGCUGGGCGGAUGCUGCAAGACUAAGCUGUGAACGAUUAAGCACUGAGCGUGGAUAUCCAUAAUGAUAGAAUGAUAGAAAUGUACCACUUUACAAUACGUAAACCAGG